AGUCAAUGUAAGUUAAUCAUCAAAAGGAUCAACUUGUUAAUUAAAAACAAAACAUUCAUCUUUCUGAAGCUUUGAUACAUUCAUAAAGAGACAUAUCUAAUAAUUUAUUGUAAGGCAAAAUACUGAUUAAUUCUCAUAAAAAAGAAUAUGCAAGACCGAACAUUUUUAAGUUUGAAAAGCAUAUAUAAUUUUAUAGAAAUCAAAAAAAAACGAUCUUAUUUUAAAAGUCAUCUUCAAAUAAAUUAAUAUCUUUGAAGUUAUGA